UACACAACGACCCUUAUUAUUAAAUGUUCAGGAAAUGAUAAACAAUUGUUAAGUUCGAGGAUAAAAUGUUUACACCUAAGAGAUACACUUAUGCGAUGCCAUGGUGGAAUUUAGGAGGAAAAAUUGACAGUGGUUUUGUGUAUGCGAUGGCCAAAAAAACUGAAUCACGCGAACCUGUGUUACUGGAUGCCGCCGAGGCUUCAGAUGACGAGACCAAACCUAUAUAUUCUGAUUCUUACCGGGGUCUCUCCUAUGCCCCGAAUGUUGCUUAUAUAAGGAAACCGCCAAAGGAUUUCCGAGCAGGAGUUCUACUUAGUGCCAUUUUCUGUUUUUUACCACUGGGUUUAUUUGCGUUAUAUUACUCAUGUAAGGUUAAUAAAUUGUACCAGGUAGGCGAUCUAUCGGGUUCCAAAAAGGCCUCGGAGAAGACACGUUUUCUAAUAAAUUUAACCUUACUACUAGGCUCUUUGCUAUGGUUUGGUGGAAUAGUGGGCGUGAUUUUAUUUGCCAACAGAUUUCACUGAUAAAUUUUUUUUUACCUUCUCUAGUAAAAUAUUUUUCACAAUUUGCAUGAAAACAUCAGUCCUCAGAAUGUCUUUGGUAGCUAGCAUAAAUCUCAGAUCAUAUUAGUUACUGUUUGGUUUUUUUAAUAACAAUAUUUAUGAAUUUAUCCCAAGAUAUAUUUCAUGCGCGGA